AUGAGCGUCUCUCGUCUUCUCAGGAGUCAAGGAGAUUUGGACCAAAGAUAUAAAACGAGCACAACAGCCAGCAGGAAAGACAUCUUCCAUCAACAGCAUUUCAAGAUCUACGCAACUGUACCCAGCAAAAAGAAGACUCUCUCCUCGGAAGCUCAAAUCCAAUCUCUCUACAACAUGAAGAUCACCGCUCUGCUUGCUCUCGCUCUUGCAGCCGUUGUUGCGGCUUCUCCUGUCGCUGAACCGGAACUUGUCGAACGUUCGUGCAAGAGCAGCUGUGCCUCUGUGGCGUCGAGCUCCUGCUCCCAGUCUUGCUCUGCGAGCCCUAGCUGCUAUAUUGCAUGCUACAACGCCAAGUACGCUGCUUGUCUCACGAGCUGUGACCCUUAUCGCUCCACGGAUUUGCCGAACUUCUGGCUGUACCCGUUGACGUUGGCUGGCUCUAGAGAGCUAUUUAAAGACGAUAUAAGUGCAAUUCUGAGAGCACAUGAGUUUCCUGAACGCGUCCCAUUCCUGCCGUAUAUCGCUCAAAAGCCUCAUUAUCCGGGAGGCAACACAAUCCACCAAGGCAAACUCUCGCCAGUCCACGAGGACGAAACGAUGACAAAAAUCCGUAUCUGGGAGAAACAGCAGCGGCGCAAAGGAGACGAUGGCGAACUCAAUGCAUCCUACUACGGUGAUACGGCAGACCUAGACAAGCUCAAUCUGCUCCGCGUCAUGCUACUGGCCGCGGACGAUCACCCAAGUCACCUCGGCCCAGCAAAGGAUGACCUCGCCGGCCUUCUCCACGAACGGGGCAUUACAGACAUGUUCGUAGAGAUGGUCAACGUCGAUCUGUGUUUUCAACCGUCGCUGUUUCCGAUGUCGCCCGACCAUGGCCUGGUGGUCGGCUUUGAAGAAGGGAAGCAAAGGAUUAUCGACCUCAUUCAAGGAACACUCAAAAACAACUGGAGAAUCCUCUGCCCGUUCAACGUUGGGCGGGUGGACACGGAGAUGAAAGCAUCACUCGCAAGACACUGUCAGUUUCAGACCGUCGAGGUGGAUUUCCUCACCGGAGACCUCAGGUUCCUUAAUGGGACGUCCUCUGCGCAUUUACGAGUUGGGCCUAUAGUUACUACGAGCUAUGCCCUGGUCAAGGCUUUUACCUACAGGGACGUUUUCCUUGACAUGGCGGAUAUCAGUCUGGGAGAAAGAAGAAAGGAGUUUAAUGUCAUUUAG